AUGGAUACAACGAUAGAAAACAGGAACGGCUCGCCUGAAGAUGAGGAAACAGCGAAAGAAUUUCAAGACUUUACAGAUGUUAUCGGUACAUUUGGAAGAUGGCAGAAGAUUUUAUUCGGAGUAAUAACGUGGUCUGCCAUUGGUGUUACAUUAAACAAUUUAAAUUGGCCCUUCUUGGCGUACAAAGUGGAUUAUUGGUGCGCGAGAACACCGGAAUACAUGAACUUGACUGUGGAAGAGUGGAAAAAUAUCAGCGCACCUCUAGAGAUAAGAAACGGGAGAACAAUGCACAGUCGAUGCGAAGUAUACGAUAUUGACGAUACCAAAUACGGAAAGAACUUUUCAAAGAUUCCUUGUCGCUCGUGGGAAUACGAUCAUUCAAAAUACAAAAACAGUGUCAUUGAAAAGUGGAAUUUAGUUUGCGAAAGUUCUUGGUUGAGUUCUCUCGCUGGCUCUUCUUACUUCGUGGGAUACCUCGUGUCCGCUAUUGUAUCUGGUCAGAUAUCCGAUAGAUAUGGCAGAAGACCAGUGAUAAUAUCGGGACUCGCGCUUCAUAUAACCUUUGGAAUUCUUUGUUCAUUUUCUCCAUAUUACUGGAUGUUUACUGUAUCUCGUUUCUUUUUAUCUGCAGGAAAAACAGCCUAUGGUCUGACGUUUCUUACAUAUGUCAUGGAAGUAAUCGGACCAAGCUAUAGAGAAAAGGUACUAGUAAUUCAUUCCUUUUUUACAACCACGGGGACGCUUCUACUUACCGGAGUAUCUUGGUUUCUGAAAGAUUGGACUUAUAUUCAAUUAUGCGGCAUUUUGCCAUCUAUUAUAAUACUACUGCUCAUCAGUUGUAUACCGGAGUCUCCGAGAUGGCUGCUAACUCACGGUCGACUACGUAAAGCCAAAGACGUUAUACGUAACAUAAUGGAAAAGAACAAAAGACACACCGACGAUUUAUCCGAAAUUAUUGAAGAACUUUAUUGGAAAAUUAGAACGGUAAACGCAUUUUAA